GACGACUCUACCAUCACCCCAAACUUAUUAGCAUACCCUUAAAAUAACGAACUACUUUGAGGGUUCAAGGCUUAUCACGCUUUUCUAAUUAACUGCAUAAAUACCAUAAUGGAGAAAUUUUCCUACACAACAGGAAUAAGAUGGGAGAAGCUGUUUGAGAGAUAUAUAUUGUGGAUGAUGUUGGUAUACUUGACCGAUGUUUGGAAAUAUAAUUUUACGCAUGCGGCUGCAAUCAUCAAUCUAUGGAAGGGUUCAGCUUCUAUCUUGCCUACUGCUUUUGUUUAUCUUGCUGACGCUUUUCUAGGCCAAUUUUUCGUCCUCUUGCUCACUAGUCUUUCCAAUACAUUUGGACUUGCGUUGUUAUGGAUGUCUACACCACCAGUUUUAGCGAAGGCAGUCGGAAAUUGUAAAGAAUAUAAGCCUGAAUGUAUUGGGAACUUACAAAAAAAUUUCUUUUACAGUGCAUUAGUCCUUACUGCUAUUGGGAUAGCCGGUCAGAAAGCCUAUUUUACCGUUUUUGAAGACAAUAAUCAAAAUUUCAACAAUGAGUCGACCAGUGAUCCAGAUCGUAACGAUGCAAAUGUAAUCAAUAUAAAAUCAAGAUCAAGGCGCUUUUUGGUGGGUGGAUCGAUCGGAUUUAUAGUCCCAUUCAUCGCAAUUUUUGUUGUCGCCUUCGCCAAAUCAUGGGAUUUGUAUUUUGGUAUUAUGACCAUUUUUACAUUUGCAUCGGUUAUACUCUUAUUCACCGGAAUCAAAUCUUCUCAAAAUAAUCAACCUAAAGGAAGUCCACUUACUCCUGUCUUACGGGUGAUUUUCGAUCUCAUAAUUUGUAACAUGUUUUGCAAGUUAUUACCAUCUUACCAAAAUAAUGGUAUAAACAAAACUCACCAAAAAAGUCAUCCCAGAGAACCAUCCGAAGAACAGAAAAACAGACGGGAACCCAGCGAGACAACAGAGGAAGAGGCCAAAAUCUGUUUAAGAAUGAUUCCUUUAUGGUUAACCUUCACACUUUUUGGGCUUAUAUCUUCCAUAGGUGAAACAUACUUUCUAGAACAAGCUACCAAUAUGGAACACUCAAUAGCUGGUCUCAAAAUGCCCCUUAUCCUACUACUUGGAUUGUAUGACCUUGGAAAGUCUUAUUACUCCUGGCUGUGUUCUCGAAUAUCUGAACGUUACUUAUACAAACACCAUGUUCCGUUUGUAGGAAUCGCUGUCGCAAUGGUUUUCGCCUUAUUAUGUUGCAUUACAGCAGCAAAAGUCGAGACACGAAGACUACGUUUCGUAAGGACUCAUAAAAGUGCACAAAAUAUGAAUGUAUUUUGGCUAUUACCACAAUUUAUAUUGCUUGCUGCUGUUGAUGGUAUACGUGAAUAUUGUGUUCAAAAUUUAGUACUUGAUCAAGCUCCUAUUUCUUUGUCAAGAUAUUUUAGAUUUUUCCAAAUUAGUUUUAUUGGAAUUGGGUAUAUUUGGAGUAUGAUUUUAGUUUUAGUAGUGGGAAAAAUUAGCCAAAAAAUGAAUGGGAGGAAUUGGUUCCAAAGUACAUUGAAUAAGAGUAGAUUAGAUAAGUAUUAUUGGGUUCUUGCUGCAUUUAGUGCUGUGAAUCUUGCUGUCUAUAUUGUGGUGGGCCUGGUGGCUUAUUUUUAUCGAUAUAAGGAGCAAAAAAAACCAGUGACUGAAGGGUCACAAAUUGUUGGGACAACGGAGUCUUUGGAAGACAAUCAUGAUAAUUGUUCCCCUGCUGAAAUUGAAACAAUGCAUGACACUCAUUGAUUUGAAGAAUCAUUAGCUCGAUUUUAGUGUAAUGAUUAUACGUCUGUAACGCAUUGUAUGUCUUAUGAUAAGUUUUGUUUUUUUAGGGUACUUUUGGGAGUCGAAAACAAUUUAUAGCUAUUAUAAAGUUUGACUUUUUUUAAAUAAGUUGUAAUUUGUAAUUUUGUGUUGUAAAAUAGUUUAAUAUAUUUGAGAA